AUGAGUAGCAUUCCGUAUCUAAAGAAUCUAUAUCCGGACCCUUCGAACAACCUUUUUGACGACUUGCGAAUAUGCUCGAGGGUGAUUGACUCGUGCGGCAUUGCGUGUAGUUCGGGAUUUGUGGCGGUCCCCUGGGAAGUGGAGGGUGGCGGGGUGAUAGGAGCUAUUCGGCUGGAGAACCAAAUGCGGAAGCCGCCAGUGAUAAAGCUGAAGGGACACACGUCAAGCAUCCAGGACCUGCAGUUCAACCCCUGCUUCAGUGAAAUUCUGGCAUCGGGUUCAGAGGAUUUAACGGUCCGUGUGUGGGAGAUCCCGCAUAACGACGAAUCGGUGAAGGAAAUAAAAGAUCCACAGUGCAUUCUGAAAGGACAUAAAAAAAAAAUAUCCAUCAUAGACUGGAACCCAAUGAACUAUUACAUCAUGUGUUCAAGUGGGUUCGACUCUUUUGUAAAUAUAUGGGAUAUAGAGAAUGAGAAGAGAGCUUUCCAAAUUAUAAUGCCGAAGAAAUUAUCUUCCCUGAAGUGGAAUGUGAAGGGAAACUUACUAAGCGGCACGUGUGUAGGGAAACAUAUGCACAUUAUAGAUCCGAGGAAGAAGGAAAUUGCAUCCAGUUUUCACAUCCAUAGUGGUGGCAAGAAUACCAAAAAUAUUUGGAUCGAUGGAUUAGGUGGGGACGAUAACUAUAUUUUAAGUACAGGUUUUUCUAAGAAUAAUUUAAGAGAAAUGAAAUUGUGGGAUUUAAAGAAUACAACUUCUGCUUUGGUCACCAUGUCUAUAGAUAACGCAUCUGCCCCGUUGAUCCCACAUUAUGAUGAAAGCACUGGACUUAUAUAUAUUAUUGGAAAGGGGGAUGGGAACUGUCGGUACUAUCAGCAUUCACUUGGAAGUCUACGUAAGGUGAACGAGUAUAAAUCCUGUUCCCCAUUUAGAUCCUUUGGUUUUUUACCAAAACAAAUUUGUGAUGUAUAUAAGUGUGAAAUUGGGAGAGUUUAUAAGAACGAAAAUAAUAGUAGCAUCAGACCUAUCUCUUUUUAUGUGCCUAGAAAAAAUCCAACGAAAUUUCAGGAGGAUUUGUAUCCACCUAUUCUACUGCACGAUCCAGAUAAUUCUUCCAAAAACUGGAUUAACGGGAAGGACAACAAGAUGGAUAGGAUAAAUAUAAAAGAUCUAACACAGGAUGAUUUGCGAAUUACCAAAAAGUACAAAUACGUGCCUCAGUCUUUUAAUAGCAUUAUUAUAGGGGAAGAAUACACGGCUAAGAGGACCUCAAUCAUUAGACAGCUUACAAAAAAGUUCACUUUUUUUAAAAAGGGUCCCCACAAUGAUGGUUUUUCCUCUGUGGGUAGCUUCAAGGAAUCUGUUUUUAUCUACCCUAAGAGUUUUAAGGAGAAGUGGUUGCUCACUGAGAAGGGAGGCGAACAGUUCUCUGGUAAGAAUUCCCUGGAGAAGGGCCCAACGGAGAAGGAGGAACAAGGGCAACAAGAAGAGCACUCCCCUUUGGAAAACGAACAACCAUGUGACGGCUACAGCAGGGGGACAAGUGAGUUGCCCGUUCGGCUGUCGAGGGGGGAAACCCAACGGAAGACGUGCGUGACUUGUUUCGACGCACUGCGUUGUGCGCGUCUGUGCAGGAGGAAGGAACCGCAAGAAUGA